AGGCAUAAGUUUACAUCGCCAGUAGAAGAGAGAAACGCCUCCUCCGGCAGCAUGACGUCAGCUGGGUAGGCGGAGAGGAGACACAAGGGGAAGGCCUGAGCUAUAUAAUAGCGUCGGUGAUGGUGGACUGACAUCGCACUUCACCAUGAAGCUCCUGAUUAUCUUGGCCUCAGUGAUCGGGGCGGUCGUCUGCGAGACCCAGCAGGGCUACGGCAGCGGGGCGCCCUCUGGUGGCAGCUUCUCCCACGGCGGAGGAGGUUUUGGCGGCGGCGGAGGAGGAGGAGGAUACGGCAGUGGAGGAGGAGGAGGAGGAGGAGGCUAUGGCGGUGGUAAUGGAGGAGGAUCUUGUGGCGCCGGCCAAGUGCGUCACGUUGACGGCAGCUGCGUCACGCCCCAGGUCACUCGCAACCUUUAUGUGUACCGUGCCCCUGCCGUGGCUCCCAUCACGGGACCACGCCCACAAGUGCCCGCACCACGCUUGGAGCACAACAUUGUGUUCAUCCACACUCCCGAGGAUCUUGGUGGCCAGGAGCCCGUCGUGGUGCCGCCCCCGCAACAGAAGAACGUGGUGUACCUGCUGAGCAAGCGGCCUGAGCAGGACCAGCAGGUGAUCCAUGUGCCGGCGCCCGAGCAGGAGGCGCCAGAGAUCUUCUUCGUCAACUACGCCGAUGGAGAGAACCCGUCCCUGCCCACCGGCGGCGAUCUGCAGUCCGCCCUCAGCAAGGCUUUGCAGGGCAGCGCUGGAGGUGUCAUCGGCGGCGGCGGCGGCGGUGGCAUCGGCGGUGGCAUUGGUGGCGGCAUCGGAGGUGGCAUCGGUGGCGGCAUCGGAGGUGGCAUCGGUGGCGGCAUCGGUGGCGGCAUCGGUGGUGGUUACGGCAGCGGCGGUGGCAGCGGCAGUGGCUUCGGAGGUGGUAGCAGUGGCAGCGGCGAAUACAGCGCCCCGGCACCUUCUCCCUCCACUGCUUACUCCCAGCCAUAAGCUGCCGCUGCAGUCAGCCUGGCGGCGUCGCUUGAGGCGGCACUCUUCUUCAUCUGUCUUUCGCGGUUCCUAACUUAUUGGUUCUUGUUUUGUGUCGUGUUGGUUGAGGCUGCGGCCUGACGCGAUGACAGAGAAAUAAAUGUGACAAACGUAUA